UGCCGGGCCAGUCGUCGCGUGGCUGUCGCGAGAGUGGGUUGUGUCGCCGCCCGGUGCCUGCAGAAGGUGUACUGCCUCACCUCUGCCGCUCCCGCCCCUGCUGCCGCCGCGCCUGCAGGGCUACUCCCGAGCCCGCCACGCCUCGCCCACAGGUGCUGCCACACCCUACAAGUACCCUUGCCCUCCUCUCCCAAGUACAGGCCGCCGCGCCCUGUCUCUUCUCCUGUCGGCGCCCCGUCCACCCCACCGGCCCUGUGUGAGGCGCCACGUGACCUGGAGGUGCGCGGGCCAGGCCAGGUCAGGUCAGGUGACUCCCGCAGCACCAUGACCUGCCGCUUGGUGAUUCUCCUGGUGGUGGUGGUAACUCUGAGCGACCUGGCCACUCAUGAAGGUGUUGCUGCCACCGCCACUGCUAAGGAGCCACCUGGUGCGGCCCCAUCCUCCCCCCUGCAAGGUAAUGCUGGUCCAGCUUCCGGGGAGACCAUGGUAGACGCCCCUAGGGACCCUAAGCCAGGCAGCACAACACGCCGCCAAGAGCAGCCCGCCAGUCCGCUAUCUCGCCAGGAACACACUCGUAGCAAAUCCAGCUCGGGAGGCGCGGCAGGCGCGGCAGGCGGGUAUGACAGCAGCGUGGACAAUGUGCUGGCGGCGCUCGUGGACUACUCCAAGGACCCUAAAUUGUGGCGCUUCGUACACAGUGUUGUCGAUGAGCUUGACUAUAGUUUACGAGCCAGCCACCCUCAAGCCUCAGCCAGCCCUCAUCGACCCCAGGCUGCCCUCCACAUUACUCACCCCAACACCCACUGGGGGAGGACAUCCACUGGUGGAAAGCAUGUCACAGGGCAGAGCAACAGCCACACUGACACCUGGAAUAAUGACCAUAAGGGCUACUUAACCAGAAGCAGUUCAGAUAAACUUCUCACUACAACCACCACCACUGCUACACCUUUGCUGCCAUGGCUACAGCAGCCCCCAGAGGAGCCUUUCAUAGGUGGCCACACAACACAGGACUACAACAUAUCCUCAGAUGUGUCUUCUCAAAGCAGAUCCAGCAAAGUCAAUUUUGUGAAAAGUGUGCCACCUCCUUCCACACACUUCUUCUUUCACCGAGUGUUUCUUGACAAGUCCUUUGACAACCGCACCAGACAACCAUACCACCGACCAGUGCUGGCCCUCACAGCGCGGGAUAUAGGUGCGGCAAAGUCCUCAGUAGAUCAAAAAGGCAAUACAUCUGAUGCAGCAAACCACACAGCACAUGAGUCAAAUCAUGGAAGUGCUACAAAGGAAUUUACAGACAAGUUUGAUUCCCUGCCAGCAGCACCAAAGCAUUCUGAUGAAUCAAGUCAAGGCAAAGAAGUCACCCAGGAUGAGGAUGAAAGGCAUGGUGGUGAUGAUAACUCGGAGAAUGUGAUACUAGAGAAACAUUACCAACACCACCACCAUCAUCAUAGACACAAAUUACACACUUUCAAGAGUCAGCUUCAGUAUCUGCAGCGAUGGGAGGAGAGGCUGUGGAGGCGGGCUCACCUGCAGCCCCGCCAUCACACAUCAGGCGGCCUGUAGCAACUGGCAGUCCCUCCCGUGCCUCACCUCAGCGCCAGUGGUCAGGUUCCUGCACAGUUAUUACACUGGGCAUAGUGUUGAUCUGGUCUCCUUUGCCUGAUCAGAACUGGUAACACACUAAUAGAAGAAGACUAACUUAUUUCAUUGUGCCAGUUUUGUAAGUAGAGUUUUGUACUAUACUAACAAAAAUCACUCAUCCUUAAACAUUUAUCAUAACUGCAUGGAAAAACCUUUUCUAGUGAAGAUUUAAGGAAAGAUGGAUAAAGUUAAAUUUUCAGAGUCUAUGAUUAAACAUUAAUAGGUAUCGGAAUAAUGCAAUGAUCCCUUGUCAAACACUAUGACAUGUGAAAAGAAUGCCAUCAUGGAUGUGCAGCUCAGCCAGUCUCCUGAAACUCUAAUGAUGACAAGGCAUCAGUGACUUUAAUGUAGGAGUCACAAGUGAAAAAAUAAUAAGUCCCUAUAGGUACAGUAGCUCCCAAAACUAUAUAGAAACUAAGUGUACCUUCUGACAGUAGGUAAUAUUAUAGGAUAUGCUUGGUGAUUGUGGGGGUAACAGUUGGUAACUUUUGUGCACCAGGGAUGUUUUCUGUAUAUUGUGACCUGGGAAAUAGAUUAACAUAUCAGCAUCACGUCAAGCCACACAUAACAACCUUACUGAUACCUUACUUGAUCAGGCAGCAGGUUUCAUAUUCUUCAUUAUGUUACAUUUUGCACCACACUUUAAAAAUAGUUUUGGGAGCUACUAUACAUGAAUUGUAACUCCCUAAAGUAUCUAUAACACUGUGAGGGAUGAGUAUAAUGUGACUACAGUACUGCAAUGAAAUUUCUCAUCUCCUUUGUCUUUUUGGGAAUGUUUCUAAUGUGUGAAGGAGUAAGUGGGAAGACGAGAUAAAAAGAAAUUUUGAAUCUCUCUCUCUCUCUCUCUCUCUCUCUCUCUCUCUCUCUCUCUCUCUCUCUCUCUCUCUCUCUCUCUCUCUCUCUCUCUCUCUCUCUCUCUCUCUCUCUCUCUCUCUCUUUUCAGCUACAUUUACAAAUAUCUAUUACAAAUGUAAAAAUGUCUCUUAGAUUCAUAAGUUCUCUCACUUAAUUUUUUCUGUGUACGGAGCACUGACUAAGGUCAACAAAAUUUAUAUAAAAUGGACCCCACAUGUGUUUUUUAAAUAACCAGAUUUUUUCAAAUAUCAUUGCCAAUCAAGUCAUCAGUGUGAAAGUGGUAUUAGAAAAGACCUAAAACAAUAAUCAUUCUCUCCAUGUUAUUUACUUAGAGGAAUAUGGAAUCGUACAUUUGGUAAGGGAACAUUGCAACAAGAUUCUGAAGCACAUACCUAGUUGUUAUGGUGCCUAACAAAGGUAGUCUCCAUACUACCCUUACUUACACCAGCCUUCAUCCUGCAUAUCUUUACUGGAACACUUCUGAUCCCAGCUUAAGCACUUGGCAGUUUUUGUUUGCUUGUUUCAUGUAUGUCUGUACUUGGGUAUAAUCUUCCUGGUGAGCUGUGGGGCUUGAUAUGUUGGCUUGUCCUUACCCACAGGCCUCAAAGAGCAAUAAUAACCCUCAGUUAAAGGUUUUUCAUUGAACCAUUGUAACACUUAUCCAUGUAUCAAGCUAUUACACGAGACAAAAUAUGUACGUCAGAGUUUGUCUCAUUAUAGGAACAUUGUAAGAUAUUUCCAAUUAACAUCACUCAAUUCUUCAAGUAAAAUCUGUUUUUUGUUAAUAUUCUGUAACUAACGAUAUUUUGUAACACAAGAUUGACAACAGAUAAGAUGUUAUUUAAUGGUGAAAAUUUUAAUUCUAAAAGAUAGCUGGGAGGCUUAAAAGAAUGAUUUUAUACCAGUUUUGGAAAAAUUGCCUCAGUGAAUGUGUUUUUUCAUUGCUGGAGGAGAUUUUGUGAAGUGUGCUAAGGAAUCAUUAGUGAUGGAUGUUACAAGUCAGCUUGUAUGCAAAUAUCUUUAGUGAGAUUAAGACAAUGGUUAAUUUUAGUCUCCAAAAAUUUAUGAUAUAAUAAUACAUAUGGUUUGUUUGCAGAUAUAUAAAUAAAGUGGCAGAUGCAAA